CACUUUAGCAAAAAGUUUUGAAACGAGUGUCUCAGGCUGCUCAGGCCUCUUGGUCAGGCCAAGAGGAUUUGGCUGCAUACGCAGGUCUGGUUGUGCAACGUCCCCCGCAUGCCAUGUUGUGCUGCAUGUAGAUGCAUGCAUGAUGAUUAUAUGGUGCCUGGGGGUCGACGCCGCCUACUCUACUCUGCAUGCUCUUCGUGUUGGUCUCUUCUUCACCAGAAAGACAGUGCUCCAUGUGGGCCUACUUCUGAGGUCAGGCGAUAG